AUGAGUUCAGAGAGAUAUAACCAGUUAAGAAGGAUAUUCCAAUCCUCUGAUGAGCUGAAUAACACGCUAGAGACAAAAUAUCACCAAAAUUUGGAGCAUCAAGUAUCAAAAUAUACCCAGUUCUUGAAUGUUGCGAAAACUCACCAAAGAGAACUAGAUCCACAAGAUGAAAUUGUUGGAUUACACCUUAGUAAUGAUAAGAUCCCAUUCCAUUUUGAAAGAGGUGACACUAUUGGGAUCUCAUUAGCAAACACUGUGUUCUCAGAACAAGUUAAACAAAGUGAAGAAUACGUGAUAUAUUUAGAACAACAAAACAAUCAAUUGAUCAAGGAGAUUGAAGAUAAGCACGAAGUUAAUGGGAAGCUUGAGAUUUAUAUAAAUGAAGUGAAUAAAAGGAUUGAACAGGAUGAAGGUCCAAAAGACUUGAUGGGUGAAUUGGUAGAACAAGUUCAAGAUGAAAAAAUCAGAUAUAGGAAACUAAGAAAGAUACUUCGGCAAUUAAUACAAGAAUAUGAGUGA